AUGGUUUACGAGUUUACUCUCACUUUACUAUAUGAUGGUCUUAUACAAUUUGGUUCUCAAAUAUUAUUUUUUGCUGUUGGCUGGAUAUUUUUAGUAAAGAAAUUAUUCAAGGAUUAUGAGUCCUCUACUGAUCGUCGCGAUGCCCAAGUCGUCCAGGCAAUAUUCUCACUUACGUUUAGUACUAGUUGCGCUCUAUUUGAAUUGAUAAUAUUUGAGAUUGGAGAGAUAAUGCAUAAAGAUGACUCUAUAUAUAUUACUCUUCCUUGUGAUUAUACUUAUGCCAUUUUAUCAAUUAUAUCUUAUAAUAACAAAAAUACAAGAAAGUCCGUUGAUUCAUCAAUUAAAGGUUUACGAUUGCGAUAUUCUAUUGUAAUUGUAAUAUUAUGUUGGGCGACUUAUUUCUAUCUUUUCUGGAGAGUUGGUGACUUUUUUCCAAUCGAAAAAACUGCUAGCACAACUGAAAAAAAUGACUCUUCAUCAAAUCUUACCGAUACAAAAGUUCCUCAAGGUGAUGUUUUUAUACAAUUCGGUAUGAGUCGUGUAGGUGUAAUAGGUGUAACUAUGAUGGCUAUAUUAUCGGGAUUUGGUGCAGUGAAUAGUCCAUACGCCACACUAUUUUUCUUUUUGAGACAAGUCACUGACGCGGAUAUACAAGCUGCCGAAAAGAAAUAUCUUCAAACAUUAGAUAUAAUUAUAAGUAAAAAAAGGCGCAUUUUAAUUUCUCAAGCGCGUCAAAGAGGUGCUGUAGAGCAAGGUUCUCGAGUUGGUGGAUUUAUGCGAAAAAUGAUUAAUACAAUGACCAACCAUAUGGGAAUAGGUGGCGAAAAUGUUGGAAUGCUGCGUCAAGAAGUUGUUGGGUUAGAAAAUCUUAGUCGCCAGUUAUUUAUAGAUAUCGAUGAUUUAUACCAAGAACGGGCAAAUAAUAGUAAUGUUAUGCUUUCCUCUGCUUCAAUGAGUUCCAUAUCAACUGGGUCAAGUGGAGGAUCGUCUACUACUCCAACUAGUGAUUACUCAUCUAAUUAUUCUCCUAAUUAUUCACCUCCUGGUAUGGGAAAUUCUUUUAAUAAUAAGAUAGGUGAUUGGGAACAUGCAAGCGGUGCUAGCAGAUGGGUUAAUACUGGAAAUACUGGACUACAUCACCGUGACUAA